UAUUGGCCUCUCUCUCACACAUUCACUUUGAGUUUGACCCGUUGCCAGCUACCGGCAGCUAAUUUUCUCUCUACUCAAAUGGCGACCCCACCCUGCACUCUCUAGAGACUAGAGAGGAUCUAUCUAUCGUUGAGCCCUCUUUUUCCGAGCUAAAAGGGGAAUAAAGAUAAGAAGAACCGCAGAACAAAACGAGAUCCUCCCAUAUCUUGCAUAGCCUUCACCCUCCACCUGAUCUUAUGGUGAUGAUUAACAUCUACUCGCAUAUUCUCCCUUAUCUUUGUGGAAACUUUUGUUCCUAGUGAAACUGCAAGGGAAAGAUUCGCUUCCAUCGCAGAUCCGGGAUUCAAAUAUAUGGCUUUCAUGUAGAACUGGUUUAUUAAGAUGUUUCUGAUCUUCAUUCACUUCCUGGGUUCUUUUGCUUCAGUAUUCUCAUAAUUUUCUCUCUCUCUCUCUCUCUGUGCAACUUUGCCAACAUCAAACUUCUUCGCUUUCCAGGCCGUUAGCUAUGGAUUCUGGUGAUAGUGGAAGUAUGCAGUACUCUUCUAGUGGUGGUGACGAAGAGUACGAUUCACGGGCGGAGUCAACCCCAACCUUCAUAAAUCCUCCUGGCCACUACAGUUCCAUCUCAAACCCACAGCCAUUGAUUUUUUCUCAAAACCAAAACCACCAAUUCGAUUUGUUGGAUCUUUCAUCUAAUUAUCAUCACGCUUUCUCCCAAUCUCAAGUGAACUCAAACCCCAAUUCUAUGCUAAAUCUGGAUGCUGUUCCAUCUAGAGGCCUAAGAUCUGAAGCCAAUGGCACAGACAUUAGAAACCUACCAGCUGCAGCGUCAUCACUAUCAGGCCAAUUCCAUUCCCAGGGUUCACGCCCAUCAUCGCUGCAGAUACGACCCGUUCAUGACGAUGGUACUGCACGAGCUACAGCACAACCCAACGUUGCCCGCAACUCCAAGAAGCGAACUAGAGCUACAAGGCGAGCUCCCACCACUGUUCUCACCACCGAUACCUCGAAUUUCAGGGCGAUGGUGCAAGAAUUCACUGGGAUUCCCUCACCACCCUUUUCAGCCUCACCCUACUCUCGCCGACUUGAUCUUUUUGGCAGUAGCUCGGCCUUGCGGUCCUCAGGUAAUUUGGAACCGGUGGGAGUUCGUUACCCUUUGCACCCUUCUCCCCAAAAAGCGCACCCCUCUUCUUCUUUGUUGAACAACACACUGGGUGAUGCUUCUACUAUUGCUAGUAGUACUGCUAACAACAAUUUUAUCACCGUGAAUAACUUCCAUCAAAUCCAAUCUAGUCUAGACCCUUCAAGACAGCCUCGAAAUAUGCGGAACGUCCAACCCCCAAUUCUCGCAUUUCAGUCUCUACCAGAAACAUCUCUUCAUCCUUCACUUAAUGUGUCCGGAUUUGGUGCACCGUCUCCCGGAAGUGUGGCGAUACCAUUUCUUGAGGAAUUGGGUAUGAGCCAUGGACAUCUCAAUGUAAACCUUAGUGGGCUUCCAAAUCAUGAAUUAGCUGGAUCGAAGAAUGCCACUGAUCAAGAUCAUUUGAGGUCUUUGGAUGAUAGUUACGGUAAAUCGGCCAGUGUUGGUGGCUGCAAGUUGAGCUACUCGGCAUCUCCAUCGUCGGGUUUCAUCAACCAUGAGAAGGGUUUUCUGAAUAUGUCUGCAAGGGAUGAAGGUACGGUUGAUUCGUGGAUUUGUCCUUCAGAUUAAUUAGAAUAUAGAAUGCUACGAAUCACAUGCAGUAGUGUUAAAAGUACGAUAUCAUGAAGAGGUUUAAUUUUGCUGCGGCGAUAAAGUAGUGGUGGCUACCAGUGGUGGUAGUGGUCAAUCAUUUUAGCUUGAGAUGUAUACUAACCUGAUUACCCGCCCAUCACACCUUAGCCAAUUUGUGGCAUCAUAUUCAUGUCUUUUUUAUGUUUCUUCUCUGUAUUAGUCAAAGAUUAAUAUUAUGUAAGGCAUCAUAUUAUUUUAAUUGUGUACGUAGAUAUGUAUUACGUCUUUCUUUGCUGUAAUUGAGAUUAUAUUUGCAUCGGAUGCAUAUAAAACUGAGGUUUUUCAAUA